UCCUCUUCUUCUUCUUCUUCUUGUUGAUUCGUUCUCUCCCAGGAAGUGGCGUGCUGUGACCGGCCACGGCGCGAGAGACGUGGACAGACCAUGGCAUCAUGUCCGCCUCGUGGCCUUCUACCAUGAGAGGCCCCCGGGGGCCGACUCCGAGUCCUCAGGUGUCCCUGCUGCUGCUGCUGUGGCUGCUGACCGGGACCUGGACCGGGACAGUGUCCUGCCAGGAUGAGCCAGAAGACUUCGAGCAAGUAGUGGAAGGCGAGGUGGACGUUCUAGAACCCACGUUGUCGCCUCCAGAGUCCCCCCCGACCUUGGAAACGUCCCCCACCCAGGAGGACGGCUCAGAUUCAGAAUUUGCAGGUGAAGGCGAAGAUCUCGGUUCCGGAGUAAACAGUCCAGAAACAAUCAGAGAUGACAACACCAGCUUCCCCGACUCCACCCUCAGUCCUCUGGGAGACGAGGGCCUGAGUCUGAGCGUGGUCAUCAUCCCCGUGGCCCUGGCGCUCCUCAUCAUCGCCGUCAUUGUUUUUGGCCUCUUCAUCAUACGCAGGUUCAGGAGAGAGCCAGCAAACCCCGAUUCAAGAAAAGAUGAUCCAUAUCUGGAUGGGUCCAGCAUGGACAAAGUGCCAAUGCCCAUGUUUGAAGAAGACGUGCCUUCCGUCUUGGAGCUGGAGAUGGAGGAGUUGGACCAGUGGAUGAAAAAAGAUGAACGUAAACACGGACACGAAGCUCCUUCUCACAAGCGGCAAAGCUCGCCAGCACGUGUUCGCUCCAAUGAUGUCGUCUGACGGCCAUCGAAGAUAAAAUAGUCUGGUCGGGACUUGUCAUGGCUUUCAACGUAGGAUUUCCAACAUGUCCCCUUUUCUUUGUCCAUUUCUGCUCGCUGUUUUUGAGCUUGUGGCUCAACAGUAAUUGAACCCUGCUACAUUUCCCACUCUACGGAACAGACCGAGGGUCAAAAGACAGUCAGGACGCAUGCAUGUUAAAAAAACAUCGCUGUAACAAGAACUUAUAGUUAAGGUGCUACUAUUGUUUUGAGGGUGAACUAAUCUAGUCAUAUUUUUGGUUUGUUUGAUAAAUAAAACAAAUUUACAUUAUUGCAAUAAGUUCAUAAAACAUUGUCCUUUACAAUUAUAAAAGCUUUUUAAAAGAAA